UGGCGCCGCAGCCACGUUGAGAAUUCCGCCCAUGGUGGGGGAAAAUAAUGGUUCGGUGCCGUCUGAUUCUCAGCUCCUUCCCCUCCGUGCCCGUGCCCUCCACCGUUACUCUUUUGUUGGUUUUCGGCUCCACCCAUUUCACCCUUCUCUCGCCCCUCCUUGGCUCUCCGUUUUGCUGUAGCUAGCUGCGUGAUCUCUACCUCCCGGCUUGCGUUUCGUAAGCCUCUGGUGGUCGAGCGAGAGAGAUCCAGCUACAGCCAUGGCUGCUGUUGACACCAAGAGCGCUUCUCCUCCGACUGUUGACGCCGUGAAGGCGACCUCGACGGUGUGGACCACGAUCAAACCUUUCGUGAAUGGAGGUCUUUCGGGUAUGGGCGCUACGUGCGUGAUCCAGCCGGUGGAUAUGAUCAAGGUGCGCAUUCAGCUGGGCCAGGGAGGCGCCAUGGAGGUGGCGAAGAAGGUUAUUGCGAAUGAGGGGUUUGGUGGGCUCUACAAGGGUUUGUCCGCUGGGUUGCUGCGGCAGGCGACUUACACUACGGCGAGGUUGGGGACGUUUAGGAUUUUGACGAACAAGGCGGUGGCUGCCAACGAUGGGAAACCCUUGCCAUUGUACCAGAAGGCCCUGUGCGGGUUGACUGCCGGUGCCGUCGGGGCUUCUGUGGGUUCUCCUGCCGAUCUUGCCCUAAUCCGUAUGCAGGCGGACGCUACCCUCCCUGAAGCUCAGAAGCGGCACUACAAGAACGCUUUCCAUGCGCUCACCCGGAUCUCCAAGGAUGAGGGCGUGUUGGCCUUGUGGAAGGGAGCUGGCCCGACUGUGGUGCGAGCCAUGGCCCUGAACAUGGGUAUGCUUGCUUCGUAUGAUCAGUCUGUGGAGUUUUUCAGAGACAAUUUGGGCUUUACCGAGGUUCCGACUCUCGUUGGUGCUAGUGCCGUCUCUGGAUUCUUCGCUUCUGCUUGCAGCUUGCCUUUUGACUACGUGAAAACUCAGAUUCAAAAAAUGCAACCCGGCCCUGACGGGAGGUACCCUUACACUGGAUCCGUUGAUUGUGCCUUGAAGACGCUGGCUCAAGGAGGACCCCUGAAGUUCUACACCGGAUUCGGCACAUACUGCGUGCGAAUAGCGCCCCAUGUCAUGAUGACCUGGAUCUUUUUGAACCAGAUCCAAAAGUUGGAGAAGUCAUAUGGAUUAUGAUCUUGUCUGAAACUCUCGCAUGCACAGUUAGUCAAACACAAAUGGUGCAUACAGAGCCUGAUUUUUUACAUUCACUCUCUGGCACUGGGGAUCUACAAGUCUGGUCCUUAAGACUAUCCGUUUUAGAUAGACGUCAAACUCUAUUAUGUUUAGGCAGUAAUGGUAGCCAGUUAGGGGAGUAAGUCUAUUGUUGUAGGUCUUGGAGACGAUUUUGUUCUGGGGAGGUGCUUAGACCAUUCACAUCGCUGUUUUUCCGGAUCCUGAUCGCUGUUGCCGAGAUAAUAAUUCGGAGGUGAUAGAAUAAGUUGGGUUUUAGAGGAAUGAAUGCAGGCUGGUCACUAUCUUGAGACGUGUUCGUAUCUUUGAGGUAUCUAUGUAAUUGCCAUCUGCUGAUGACGAGGUGUUGUGUUAGGGUAGGUACCAGGUCGGCAGUCGGUCGUCUGCGUUCCUUCAAUUUUUUCCUGGAUAGCAGGACCAUUACCCUCCUACUGUGAGUGGGAUUUAUAUUGCUUACAAUGGAGAAGCCAAUUCAAUCACUUGUGAUCUUUGUGCAACUUU